GCCUUCCCAGACCCGCUGAAAGAGGCGGUUAUUAAACUGCUUCUUAAAAAACCAUCUUUAGAUGCGGCCACGAUGGCCAACUAUCGCCCAGUCUCAAAUCUUCCAUUCUUGGGCAAGGUGAUUGAGCGAGUGGUUGCUGAACAACUCCAAGCAUGCCUGGAAGAAGCGGACCAUUUGGAUCCCUUCCAGUCGGGAUUCAGGCCUCAUCAUGGGACUGAAACUGCCUUGGUCGCACUGGUUGAUGAUCUCCGGCGGGCUAGGGACAAAGAACCAGUGAAGGCGGUGAAGGUCCUGUGUGAGUGUCUGGAGGCGGCUGGAGGAUGGAUGGCAGCUAACAGAUUGAGGUUGAAUCCUGACAAGACAGAAGUACUGUUUUUGGGGGACAGGAGGCAGGCAGGUGUGGAGGAUUCCCUGGUCCUGAAUUGGGUAACUGUGUCCCUGAAGGACCAGGUGUGCAGCCUGGGAGUCAUUUUGGACUCACAGCUUUCCAUGGAGGCACAGGUCAAAUCUGUGUCCAGGGCAGUUGUUUACCAGCUCCAUCUGGUACGUAGGCUGAGACCCUAUCUGCCUGCGGACUGCCUCGCAAGAGUGGUGCAUGCUCUGGUUAUCUCCCGCUUGGACUACUGCAAUGCGCUCUACGUGGGGCUACCUUUGAAGGUGACCCGGAAACUACAACUAAUCCAGAAUGCGGCAGCUAGACUGGUGACUGGGAGUGGCCACCGAGACCAUAUAACACCAGUCUUGAAAGACCUACAUUGGCUCCCAGUACGUUUCUGAGCACAAUUCAAAGUGUUGGUGCUGACCUUUAAAGCCCUAAAUGGCCUCGGUCCAGUAUAUCUGAAGGAGCGUCUCCACCCCCAUCGUUCUACACGGACACUGAGGUCCAGCACCGAGGGUCUUCUGGCGGUUCCCUCACUGCGAGAAGCCAAGUUACAGGGAACCAGGCAGAGGGCCUUCUCGGUAGUGGCA